CUUCCGGUUUCUAGAAUAGCCACAUUUCGAUUCUACUGGAAAUCAACUUCAAAAUGUGGUUUAUGUAUCUUUUGAGUUGGAUGGCAUUGUUAAUCCAAAUAUGUCUAAUCACAUUAGCGAUUGCUGCUGGUCUAUUUUAUAUUGCUGAAUUGGUUGAAGAAUAUACAGUUCUUACUGGAAAAACUAUCAAGUAUCUCAUCAUGUUCACCACAGCAGUGUAUAUUUGCUUGUUCCUGUUUGAAGAUCUAGACACAUCGUUAAUCAUAGUAGGAUUGGUAGGAAAUGCAGCAUACUUUGCAUUGCUACAGAGUUUCCCGUACUUUAUAUUAUCAUCCCCGUCAUUUAUAGCAUCUGUCUUUAUGGUGAUUGUGAACCACUACUUUGCAUUUUCUUACUUUGCAUCAGUAUGGUAUCCAUUUUCAGAUGUGAUGGCUUUCUUCACCAUUUGUCUAUGGAUAGUACCAUUUGCAUUUUUUGUGUCAUUAUCUGCUAACGAGAAUGUUUUACCAACCAUGACAGAAAACCGAUCAAAAUCUGAAGAUGCCACAGACGUUGUCAGCAACUAUUUCAAAAGGAAAACUAAAGGAUUGGGACUUUUGUCAUUCUUGAAACAUGCUCAGGACACUGUAUUACCACAGAGAGUUAGAAAACAGUAUUAGAUGUCAGAACAAUUGAUGAAUGUGGGUUACGUUGUUUUAAUUAGUCAGCUUGAUUUCGCAAAGAAUUUUGAUGCAUGUGUGAUUGUGAAUUUUGCAUGUUAUCUGUUCAGAAAUAUUGUAGUAUAAUUCUCUAAAUGAGAUUAAUUAUUUUGAUAGACAAUGAUAGUGAUAUUGUUUUGUUAGCUCUAAGCAAAAUAUAAAUUGUGUACCAGAAUAAUUU